AUAUCUGAUGUCUGCUGUCUGCGUUGUUAUUUUGAUGAUGGUAAAGAUCAUUAUUGAAACAAGUUACAUCUAGAUCUACAAAAUUGAGCUUCUUGGAUGAUGACCCAGCAUUCGAGAGAAGAUCUACACUAAAAGCCACUUUAACUAUGCACAGACUACUCUCAAGGUUGUACUACUCAAGCUCAAAGGGUCAGAAAGUCCUCACAUCAACUAUCCUCAUUCUCUUGUCUUGCCUCAUCUUCUGGUGUCUUGUUGGUGAGGUCUUUGUCUUCAUGCAGAGCUCUGGAGGAUGGAGAUGGCCUACACCUUUAUAUCUUGAUAAAGUCCAGUCUCCAGAUAUGAUUACUACCAUGCCACAAAUAAGAACUUAUUAUCAGGAUGGAAGCACACACCAUUACGCGUUGAGUUCUUAUAAGAGGCUGUCCGCUAAUGGCUACUUUAAAAUCAUGUUCAUCUCUGAUCCACAUAUCAUGUGCUCACACAAUAAAGAGGAGUUGUGGUUGGCUCGCUGGGAUGCUGAUACCUACCUGAAGAAGUCUUUCUCUCGUCUACACUCUAGUCUCAAGCCAGACCUACUUGUCUUCCUUGGGGACACCUUCUCCAAUGGGUUUGAAGCUACUGACCAACAAUGGGACGAUUACCUCCAGUGCCUUGAAGAUAUCUACCCGAUAUUCAGUUCCUCUGAGAAGGACCAGUUCAUUGUUGCCAUGGGAGACAACGACCUCGGAGGGGAGGGCCGUGACUUGAUGACUCAAACUGUGUACAGGAGAUACCAGAAAACAUUCGGGAAUCUGAACAAGAUUUUUGACAUUACCGAUGGCAUCAGAAUUAUAAAGAUUACAACAACAUGCUUCCUGCGACCACCCUCAACCAGAGCAGAAGUUGAUUGCAGAGAUAAUCUUGUUCAAUUCCUGGAUACAUCCUCACAGCAUCCCCUUAAAACUUCCACUUCCAGUAACCACCUCACCAUUUUAGUAACACACGUCCCGCUGAACAAACUGUCCAAGUCGAUUCAAUUCAGUUAUAAUGGCCGCUCUGUUGACAUAAGAACUAAAAUUCUCCUCACCCUAAGACCGGGAGUGGUAGUCAGUGGUCAUAUACAUCACGAGGAAUACACUCAACAUAGACUGGAGGAGUGGAUGGUCAGCGAGAUUACCGUGCCGACGUGCAGUUAUCGAAUGGGAGAACUGAGCAUGGGAGUAGGGACAGCUGUCAUCAGUGAAGGUGGAAACAUGGCGUACAAGGUGAACUGGUUACCUGCGAGAUAUCCUUUCUUGUUUGGAUAUAUUGUGUUAGGAGCAAGUUUAUUUCUUCUUUGUGUGUGUCUGACAUUUCGGCGAUGUUAAUCAUUUCACUCUCAUUUAGAACCUAUAUUUGUCACUGCGUCUCAUGCAAACAAUUUAUUUUCAAUUUAUACCAACAAAGAAAUUUGAGGAUCAGUG